AUGGAGAAACAGUUGCAUAAAACUAUGGAGGCUGCUCAGGUUGAACGAGGCAUCCGAGACACAUCACCAGAAAAAGAGAAGGAAAAAUCUCCCAAGCAUAGAGGAAUAUUCCACCUCCACCAUCACUCAAAAGGUGAGAAAGAGGAAGACAAGACGAAGAAAGAGGGGUCAAAGAGAGAGAAGAUAGCUGCAGCGAUGGUUGGUCUUGGAGCCACCCUCAAGAAGAAGAAGGAGAAGAAGAAGAAGGAUAAGGGCCACCGUGGACGUGGUGGAAAAGAGGAAGAAGGAGCAGAGGAGGAGGAAGAAGAAGAAGAGGAGGAGGAGGAGGAAGAAGGAGGCGGAGAUGAUGGUGGGGAUGAAGAAGGGGGAAGCAAGUUUAGUGCUUUCCUUUCAAUGAUCUCUGGAGCAUUUGAAGAAUAAGAUUAUCUUAUGAUCACUUUGUUGUAUAUUAAUUCGAACUUGCUUUUACAGUUGUUGUUGUUUUUCUUUAAUAAUUUGAAGCAUGUUGUUCUAAAGUUCUUUUUAACACUUGGUUUUUAUUAAACUGGUCCAAAACCAUACAUCAUAUUUUAAAAAAAUGAACAUAUCUAUUAAUAGAAGCAAUGUCAAAAGUUGUAAAUUCCAUCUAAGUGAAA